UCCAGAGGGGCGGGGCCGGAACGCGAGCCUGGGCGGGGCAGGCGGGCGCUGCGCGUGCGCAGAGGUGUGGCCGGGGAGGCGCGCGGAGGCUGGAGCUGGAAGCUCGGCGCCCGUGAGCUGAGACAGAGCCUCACUCUGUCGCCUGGGUUGGAGUGCAGUGGUGUGAACUCGGGGUCACUGCAGCCUCGGCCUCCCGGUUUCAAGCGAUUCUUCUGCCUCGGCUUCCCAAGUAGUUGGGACUACAGUGUGGAAACCAAAAAAUGUAAAACAUACGAGCUGUCAGCAGCCAUGUGCCACGGUUCCACUGUCUGCAGUGAAACAGAAGCCGACAUGCAGAGAACCAUGUGUGCUCAGUACUGCAUCUCCUUUGCUGAUGUUGAAAAGGCUCAUAUCAACAUUCGAGAUUCUAUCCACCUCACACCAGUGCUAACGAGCUCCAUUUUGAAUCAAGUAACAGGGCGCAAUCUUUUCUUCAAAUGUGAACUCUUUCAGAAAACAGGAUCUUUUAAGAUUCGUGGUGCUCUUAAUGCCAUCAGAAGCUUGGUUCCUGAUGCUUUAGAAGGGAAGCCCAAAGCAGUUGUUACUCACAGCAGUGGAAACCAUGGCCAGGCUCUCACCUACGCUGCCAAAUUGGAAGGGAUUCCUGCUUAUAUUGUGGUGCCCCACACAGCUCCAGAUUGUAAAAAGCUGGCAAUCCAAGCCUAUGGAGCGUCAAUUGUAUACUGUGAACCUAGUGAUGAGUCCAGAGAAAAUGUUGCACAAAGAGUUACAGAGCAAACAGAAGGCAUCAUGGUACAUCCAAACCAGGAGCCUGCAGUGAUAGCUGGACAAGGGACAAUUGCCCUAGAAGUGCUGAACCAGGUUCCUUUGGUGGAUGCACUGGUGGUACCUGUAGGUGGAGGAGGAAUGGUUGCUGGAAUAGCAAUUACAAUUAAGGCUCUGAAACCUAGUGUGAAGGUUUAUGCUGCUGAACCCUUGAAUGCAGAUGACUGCUACCAGUCCAAACUGAAAGGGGAACUGAUGCCCAAUCUUUAUCCUCCAGAAACCAUAGCAGAUGGUGUCAAAUCCAGCAUUGGCUGGAACACCUGGCCUAUUAUUAGGGACCUUGUGGAUGAUGUCUUCACUGUCACAGAGGACGAAAUUAAGCACGCAACUCAGCUGGUGUGGGAGAGAAUGAAACUACUCAUUGAACCUACAGCUGGUGUUGGAGUGGCUGCUGUGCUGUCUCAACAUUUUCAAACUGUUUCCCCAGAAGUAAAGAACAUUUGUAUUGUGCUCAGUGGUGGAAAUGUAGACUUAACCUCUGUAACUUGGGUGAAGCAGGCUGAAAGGUCAGCUUCUUAUCAAUCUGUUUCUGUUUAAUUUACAAAAAAGGAAAUGGUGGGAAUCAGUGUCUUUAGAAACUGAGGACAUUUUGUUCCCUAGUCACUGUCAACUUUUCAUCUUACCCUCUUAGUUAUCAGAUUCUUAAUGGAGAAUGGGUAUUUCAGUAAGAUUUAAUAUAGUUUUUUGGACUAAGUAGUAGAAAAACUUCCAUAUUUAACCGAGACAUUUUGUCAAGGCCAAAAAAAGUCUUGCAAAAUGGGGUAGUGGACUGACAGGCUGAUGUAGAAAAUAAACUUUACCCCAUCACUAUGCCUCCCAUCCCUGGAGUGCUGAUGGGCACCAGUAAGACAAAAUCUCUUUGAAUCCGUUACUCCAUUCCUCCUUGAGGCACUGCUGAAGAAAUACCACUUUUCACCCAGGGUACUGGUUCUGGUACAUAUGGAUCAUAAGUCCAUUUGGGGAAUACUCGUUUAUAGAGGUUCAUCAGUACUGUGUCUUGAGAUUUUAGCUUCCCAUCAAAGCUGCAUUUCAUGUGGCCAUGGGUACCUAGAAAGAAAACAGAACACGUUGGUCAAAUUAAAAGUAGAAAAUUUUAAAGCAAUGACUUCCAACCCAAUAGUCAAUUAGUAACACUGUAGAAAUCUAGACAUGGUCCCGAAUCCCAUGUUUCCUUACCUAAAGGCUCCUUGAUAUGUCCUCUACGGCCCCACUUUGUUCUCAGUUCCACGGGUUUAAACCACAGCACAUCCUCUUAGAAUCAAACACACAAAAGACCAAGAUGAAACAGUGACGCACAAAAUGUAAACCCAACCUUUAUACCACAAAGGCAAUCAGAUCCCAUCCUCCUCCUUCAGUCUUACCUCUAUUGAAGAACAUGUAACGUACUACUGCCAUCUUAGUAAAAAUUUUGAAAGGAUGACCACUCAGAACAACUCUCUUGAUGACUAUUCUGUCUGGAUCCACUGACAUAAGAUGGCCCGUAGCAAUGAGGCUGUGCAUUCCUAAGGGACAAAAGCAAAGAAGCUAGUUAGGAAAUUACAGGCCAAAGUCUUCAUCUAUUGUCCCAAUCCAUUUAAAGACCCAUGUGGUAUUUUCUUGGGAGAAACUGUAAAGUAGUGUUGAUGAGGCUGCCCUUUGUGGGAUCACACCAAAAACCACUCCAUUUCAUUCCUGCUAAGCCUGUCCCUGGAACCUAUCCUAAAUACAUUCUGAGCAGCCUCUACCAAUCAGCUAAGGCUUGUAAGCAAGAUAAAACCUGGUUUGUCAUCCCUGCCCUAGCCCACUGUGACACUAAGAUUGGUAAACUAUAAGUCCGCACUUAAUCUUGUCAAUAGGUUCUUGAAAACUUGCAUGUUAAGAGAAUGAUGUGUAACAAAACCAUUUUUUUCUCAUCAAUUGUUACAACGAAAAGAUGUUGACCAAAAUGCAGUUAUUUGAGGACUGGCUAUACAUUGUUUCACUUAAAAGUCGCAGUUUUGGUCUGGCUGCAGUGGCACACACCUGUAAUGCCAGCACUUUGGGAGGCAGAGGCAGGUGGAUCACCUGAGGUCAGGAGUUGAAGACCAGCCUGGCCAACAUGGUGAAACCCCCACCUCUAUUAAAAAUAUUAAAAAUUAGCCACAGGUGUGGUGGCAUGUGCCUGUAAUCCCAGCUACUCAGGAGGCUGAAGCAGAAGAAUCCAUUGAACCCAGGAGGUAAAGGAUGCAGUGAGUAGAGAUCGUGCCAUUGCACUCCAGCCUGAGCAACAAGAGUGAAACUCCAUCCCCAAAAAAAGUUGCCGUUUUCAUUGUUCUAUUAACAGUGUUAAGUGAAGACUUACUGUAUUUUGAAAACCAUCAUUACCUUCUCCAUACCAUUUGGUUCCCAAAUCUCAAUAGAGAAGAGAAAAGAGUAUUAAUCCUAUUAAGGACCUGCAGGUCUGUUCACCUUGUGGCUCAACUUACCAUUGCUUUUCUGCUUGAAAAGCAGCACAGAUGCAGGAGGAAAAGUGAUUGGUGCAUAUACUGUCACCACCAGGGCCAUGUCAGCAGUCAGGAAUCUCUGAAAUUUAUGUUUGUCCGCUGCCAUAAGGUUUAAAAAACAAAAACCAAAACCAUUUUGAGAAACCAGUGGUAAUAUACAGGCCUGUGAAAAGCUGUGUUUGUGCAACUCUUAAACCUAUGGCAGCUUCUACUUCUCUAAUCUACCAGUUCUCAAACACUUUCCCUGCCUCAGUACACCGAAAAGACAAAAAUCUAGUCCUAUCAGAUCACUUUUUUUUUUUUUUUGAGUUGGAGUCUUGCUCUGUCACCCAGGCUGGAGUGCAAUGGCUUGAUCUCAGCUCACUGUAACUUCCACCUUCUGGAUUAAGCAAUUAUCCUUCCUCAGUCUCCCAAGUAGCUAGGAUUACAGGCGCCCACCACCACACCCCACCCGGCUAAUUUUUGUAUUUGUAGUGGAGAUGGGGUUUCACCAUAUUGGCCAGGCUGGUCUCAAACUCCUGACCUCGUGAUCUGCCUGCCUCGGCCUCCCAAAGUGCUGAGAUUGCAGGCGUGAGCCACAGUGACCAGCUGAAAUCAAUAACUUUUUUUUGUUUUGAGACAGUGUCUCUCUCUUGUUGCCCAGGCUGGAGUGCCUCCUGGGUUCAAGCAGUUCUCCUGCCUCAGCCUUCCGAGUAGCUAGAAUUACGGGUGCCCGAUCAGUAACUUUUUUAUCUGAAGGCAGAAUCUUGGAACUUAGACUGUAUUUGGUGUUCCACCUUCAACAUAACCCUCACCCCCUUUUCAAAAUACUAAAGUUAGAGGAAAAUACAAUAUUUGAAGGGAAAGAAAAAUUAAUCUCAUUUAGACUGCAUAAUUGGUGAGAAUAAAAAUUAUCCAAAACAACAUUAAUACUGCCUUCAUAUUCCUCCUGCAACGGCUGAGAGUAAGUGAACCAGGAUAAUGUUCAGAAGCCCCCAAGUUAGUGGGCAACACAUCUUGCUGCUCCUAACAUGUAGGAGUACAAUCAAUUUUGCCACAACACUUGUCCGGUAGUCUUUUCAAUUUCUCAGAAACCCUACCUCUGCUUUGCCCAACUAUGAGCCACACCCAGCUACAUCCCUUCACCCACACUGCCCUUGGCACACUAGAUACCAAAGUUUCCACACUUUAUCACACCCUUUUAAAUUUUUUCAAGAGACAGUCUCACUCUGUUAUCUAGGUUGUUGUGCAGUGAUGUGAACAUAGCUCACUGCAGCCUCAAACUCCUGGGCUCAUUGGCUCAGGCAAUCCUCUUGCCUCAGCCUCCCAAGUAGCUGGGACUACAGAGCAUAUGCCACCACACCUGGCUAAUUUUUUAAAAUAAAUUUUGGUUGGCCAUGGUGGCUUACACCUGGGAGGCCGAGGUGGGUGGAUUACCUGAGGUAAGGAGUUCAAGAACAGCCUGGCCAACAUGGUGAAAUCCCAUCUCUACUAAUAAUACAAAAUUAGCUGGGCGUGGUGGCACAUGCCUAUAAUCCCAGCUCCCCAGCUACCUGGGAGGCUGAGGCAGGAGAAUUGCUUGAACCCGGGAGGUGGAGGUUGCAGUGAGUCGAGAUUGCACCACUGCACUUAGCCUGGGUGAUGAGCAAAACUCUGUAUCAAAAAAAAAAUUUUUUUUUUUUUUUUGUAGAGGCCAGACAUGGUGGCUCAUGCCUGUAAAUCACAACACUUUAGAAGGCCAAGGCAUGUGGAUCACCUGAGGUCAAGAGUUUGAGACCAGCCUGGCCAACAUGGAGAAACCCCAUCUCUACUAAAAAUACAAAAAUUAGUUGGGCGUGGUGGCGCAUGCUGGUGGUCCAAGCUACUCCGGAGGCUGAAGCACCAAAAUCACUUGAACCCGAGAGGUGGAGGCUGCAGUGAGCUGCAGAGGUGGAGCCUCAUGCUACUGCACUCCAGCCAGGGUGACAGAGCAGGACUCUGUCUCAAAAAAAAAAAAAAAAAUUGUAGAGACAAGAGUCUCGCACCUGACAUCAAGCGAUCCUCCUGCCUCAGUCUCUGGAACUUUGAUUUAGUUCCAGUUCUAAGGAUCUGCCUUUACAAAAUAAGCAAAGAAGUAAACAACGUUUUAUGCAUACAGAUAUAAUUCAGGGCAAAAUAUUAGAAAUAGCCUAAGUGAGGUCGGGCGCAGUGGCUCACUCCUGUAAUCCCAGUGAUUCAGUAGGCCAAUGCAGGCAGAUCAGCGAGGUCAGGAGUUCGAGACCAGUCUGGCCAAUAUGGGGAAACCCCAUCUCUACUAAAAACACAAAAAUUAGCCAGGCGCAGAGUGGCUUGCACCUAUAGUCCUAGCUAUUCAGGAGGCUGAGGCAGAAGAAUCACUUUAACCUGGGAGGUGGAGGUUGCAGUGAGCUGAGAUCAUGCCAUUGCACUCCAGAUUGGUGCAACAGACUGGGGGAAAGACUCAGUCUCGGGGAAAAAAAAAAAUAGCCUAAGUGCUCAAACAUAGACAGUCAAAUAUCAGUACAUCACAUACACCAGAAUAUAUCCAAAUGAAAAUAAAGCAUUAUAAGUCUCAUUUAGGCCAGGCACGGUGGCUCAUGCCUUUAAUCCCAGAACUUUGGGAGGCCAAGGCAGGUGGAUCACGAGGUCAAGAGAUAGAGACCAUCCUGGUCAACAAGGUGAAACCCCAUCUCUAUUAAAAAUACAAAAAUUAGCUGGGCAUGGUGGCGUCCGCCUGUAGUCCCAGCUGCUCGGGAGGCUGAGGCAGGAGAAUUGCUUGAACCCAGAAGGCGGAGGUUGCGGUGAGCUGAGAUCGUGCCAUUGCACUCCAGUCUGGGUAACAACAGUGAAACUCCGCCUCCAAAAAAAAUAAAUAAAUAAAAGUCUCAUUUAGCCAGGUGUUGCGUGCACCUAUAAUCCCAGCUACUUGGGAGGCUGAGGCAGGAGAAUCACUUGAACCCAGGAGGCAGAGGUUAAAGUGAGCUGAGAUCGCACCAGUGCACUCCAGACUGGGUGACAGGGCAUCUCAAAAAAAAAAAGUCUCAUUAAUUAAUCUUAUGGAAAAUUGAUCAAAGUCAAUUAAGUGAUAAAUGCAAUGUUUAACACCAUAUUUACAUUUACAAUCCCAAUUGUGUUAAAAAAAAAUAGAGAUCUAGAUGGAAAUGUAUAAAGUAAUAAUGAAUUUUCUGAUAUAAGGUAAUUUUAUUUUUACAUUAUUAUUUUCCCAGUUGUCUAAAAUAUGAAAAUAGUUAUUUCAUCCUUUAAAAAAAAUCAGAACUAUUUUGAAACAAUAAGAGGAUGAUUAAAUCUUGGCUUUUGUUUCCGUCUUUUUUUUUUUUUUUUUGAGACGGAGUUUCGCUCUUGUUACCCAGGCUGGAGUGCAAUGGCGCAAUAAUCUCGGCUCACCGCAAUCUCCGCCUCUGGGCUCAGGCAAUUCUCCUGCCUCAGCCUCCUGAGUAGCUGGGAUUACAGGCACGCGCCACCAUGCCCAGCUAAUUUUUUGUAUUUUUAGUAGAAACGGGGUUUCACCAUGUUGACCAGGAUGGUCUCGAUCUCUUGACCUCGUGAUCCACCCACCUCGGCCUCCCAAAGUGCUGGGAUUACAAGCAUGAGCCACCGCGCCCGGCCUUGUUUCCAUCUUUAAUUCACCCAUUCUAAUGCCAGUUUUGGCCUUAUAGGUGUGAGUCACUGCACCUAGCCUAAUGCCCUUUUUAUAAAGCUGCCAACUUCUACUCAAAACCUACUCUGGAACAAAUAUUCAUGGCAAAAAAAGCCUCAGUAUGACACAGGUUGCAUCACUAGGAUGCUUCAGACAGGUUCAGACAUUUUGAGUAAAAACAUCAUUGGCUCUUAAGCCAGAGUAUUGAGAAUACCGCUAACCCAGAGAUACAAGAUUUCGAAACUGACUCUUUUGCACCCCUCCACCACAAGUCAGUUUUGCAAAAGACAAGAUGGACAAGAACCCAGGUUCCCCACCGCUAACCUGCAGUGUGCUGAGAAAAUAAAGGUGAGGCUCGGAAGCGCCUGAAUCCACAAUGGAAUAUGAGUUCUUCCUUGGCUUUCACAGGUUCAGUGUUGCCAGGGUCACGCCUCACCACCAUAUUCAAUACUGACAUCUGAGAACCAAGUAAGGAAAACAAAAAUCUUCAUAGUAUAAGAAUACAAUUGCCUAACUUGAAAGAAGGCAAACCAAACUAGCAGAUUCAGAUUCAUUCUAAGAACGGACAAUGCUAAUUAAUGGGGGGAGUAUAGAUGCUGGAACAUAGAUUCAUUCUUUACCUCCACCAAUGACUGGCGUUUAAGCCAAACACAGGCUCAUCAGAGCUUUCAUGCACCCUUCAAUGCUAACUUACCUUUCUGCAUCUAGCAGAAAAAGAGCUCAACAUCUGCCACAAAAAUCAGUGGCCUUGAAGACACUUACCACAAUCUCAAAACCACACUCACUCAAGCCCCUUCUUCCUGAACCCUUACCAAGAGCAAUAAAAGAACUAUAAUAUAUACAACUGUUGGCCACCAAGAGAAGAGAGAUCUGCACCUUGGCAUAAACCUUUAUGUUUAAGGCUGCCACCCUUGUUCUAAAUCUGGUCUGAAAAACAUAUUUGGAGAAGUCUCAGAACCACACAGAGAAUGCAUCACUGAGAUGCUUCAGACAGGUUCAGACAGUAUUGAAUAAAACCAUCACUGACUUCUCUAUUAUUCUCCAAUUCCUAAUCAGAAAGGCAGACUUUUUGUAUCUCUAUGAGCAGAAUGUUAGUCACAAAAACAGAAUUUUAGACUAUCAGAAGUGGCUGGAAAGUUUAAUAAUUCCCCAUUUUCCCACAAGACACUCAUUUACCUUCUGUUCAUGAGGUAGUAAAGAAAAUACAAUCAAGGGUGCUCCUUGCCUGAAAUGCUCGACCACUGAGACAGGAACUUCAGAGACAUGAAUUGUGACAUACCAGCCAACCUGCCAUAAGAAAGCAGAAAGCAGUCAUGGAGUUACCCCUCAAAAUCCUAAUAACGGAGAAGCUUUCUCCAAAUAUGGUGAGUCUUUCCGAUGACCUUUUAAAAGCUAACCCCACCCUUAAAGAUGGCUUCACUACCCAGAUUACACUUCUUCAUUUAAUGUGACAGAGACCUCUUUGUUCCCAGUUUUGUUUUGUUUUGUUUUUUGAGACAGAGUUUCGCUCUUGUUACCCAGGCUGGAGUGCAAUGGCAUGAUCUCGGCUCACCGCAACCUCCGCCUCCUGGGUUCAGGCAAUUCUCCUGCCUCAGCCUCCCGAGUAGCUGGGAUUACAGGCACGCGCCACCAUGCCCAACUAAUUUUUUUGUGUUUUUAGUAGAGACGGGGUUUCACCAUGUUGACCAGGAUGGUCUUGAUCUCUUGACCUCAUGAUCCAUGGGCCUCAGCCUCCCAAAGUGCUGGGAUUACAGGCGUGAGCCACCGCGCCCGGCCUGUUUUGUUUUGUUUUUUUUUUUGUUUUGUUUUGUUUUUUUUGAGAUGGAGUCUCACUGUCGCCCAGGCAGGAGUGCAAUGGCAUGAUCUCUGUUCACUGCAAACUCCCCGUCCUGGGUUCAAGCAAUUCUCCUGCCUCGGCCUCCCAAGUGGCUGGGAUUACAGUCAUGCACCACCACACCCAGCUAAUUUUGUAUUUUCAGCAGAGAUGGGGUUUCUCCAUGUUGGCCAGGCUGCUCUCGAACUCCUGACCUCAGGUGGCCUGCCCACCCCGGCCUCCCAAAGUGUUGGGAUUACAGGUGAGCCACUACACCUGGGCUGUUUCCAGUAUCAUUCUUGUCGAUGACUCAGGGGCUCCCCUAAUUUCCCAACGCAGCAUAUUUCCAUGCCAAGAGAAGGAGUAAAGUGGGAGCAUGUUGACAAAUGAAAGCAACAUACAAGAUGGACAAGGGCAGAUACCUCAGCUCCUUCAACCUCUUUUUCUUCAAUCUCCUUAAAGAUGCUUUUCCUGCUAUUAGUAAAGUUCUGAAACUGAAAUAUCCGAGCAUACUCUUGAGGAAGGUUUUCCUUAGGAUCCCAUGGAGAUGUCCGGAAGCUCUUGAGGCCUCUGUAUUUCUGAAAUCUAGAAUAUUGAAGAUUUUAUAAAAAUUAAGUCAGAUUUACAUGGUGCUAUAUAGACUCAAGUCACUGCUAAAAUGGCUAAGGAUCUAGCUCAAAAGAACUCCAAUCACUAUCUCUCAAAAUAAACUAUCAGCUUAAACCAAGACCACACUGCAAAACAACUUGUAACAAGUUGUAUCAGAACCAAACCCAAGCUUCCCACUGACAAAAGACAAAGGAUUUAUAGUGGCUCCCUGACAAAAAAGAUGUUUGGUAAUGACCUGGUAUAGUUCAGAUGUGUGUCCGUGCCCAAAUCUCAUAUUGAAAUACAAUCUCCAAUGUUGGAGGUGGAGCCUGGUGGGAGGUGACUGGAUUAUGAGAGAGGUUUUCUCAUGAAUGGCUUAGCACCAUCCCCGUUGGUGAGUGCGUUCUCAUGAGAUCUGGUUGUUUAGAAGUGUUAGCACAUCCUGCCUCAGUCUCUUGUUCCUACUCUGGCCAUGUGACAUAACUUGCUCCCCUUCUGCCUUCUGCCAUGAUUGUAAGUUUUUUUCAGGCUGCCCCAAAAGCUGAACAGAUGCCAGCACUAUGCUUCCUGUACAGCCUGCAAAACCAUGAGCCAAUUAAAUCUCUUUUCUUUAUAAAUUACGCAGUCUCUGGUACUUCUUCAUAGCAGUGCGAGAAUGGCUUAAUACACAGCCUUAUCUCCUUAAUAUCCAAGAUUAAUUCACUGGCUUUAGUCACUCACCUCCAGAAUAGAUAUAAUCAUCUACAUCUUCACUCUUCUACUUCUGCUAUUCUACCCAAACCCCCUAAAAUCUCCAAACAUUAUAUACUUCAAUUGAGUAUUGGCUCCUUUGGGAAGAAGUAUUUGCUAAUUAACCUUAGUAUUUCUCCUUCAUUAAAGUCCUGUAAUAGUAGUCUGUACCACAGUCUAGAACUUGAUUAUAUAUUACCAUUUCCUGUAUGUAUGUAUGUAUGUAUGUCUUGCCUUCCCAUAUUAAAUGUUAGCUCUUCAGGAGCAGGAAAAA